CGCUGUGAGAGUGAGCUGUACCUUGCCUCACACACUCUUCAAUCACCUGCUCGAGGACACACACACACACACACACCCGGCCGACAUGGACGAGGCUGACCUGCUGAAGGAGAGGCUCCAGGCCAUCACGGACAAGAGGAGAAUCCAAGAGGACAUUGCCAAGAAGAGGAGACAGAUCGAAGAGGAGAAAUUAAAACUCCAGUAUAUAAAGAAGAAAGCCCUGAGGGAGCAUUGGCUGAUGGACGGCCUGAGUCAGCAGUCAGAGCAGGAACAGGAGGCCACGAGGCUUCAGAUUCAGGACGAACAGCAGCAGAGUGAUCAGCUGCAGAGCAACAUCCUCAGAAUAGAGGAGGAGAUUAAGACCUUGGAGGAACAGGAGCUUAACAUUUCUGCUAAUGAAGAAGUGGUCCUGAAGCGGUUAAAAGAGGUGGAGAGGACAGCUGAGGACAUUAUCAAGGAGCUAAAUGCAGAGUACCAAGCAGAUGUGACACAUCAUCUCCCCUCACCACUCCCAGAUAUCCCAUCAUUCAUCCCACUGACACCAGCAGAAACCCCUCCUAUAUGUAAGCCUAGAAGUGAAGAAGCAAAGAAAGCUACAUUUGCGAUGGAGAUCAAUGUGGAGCAUGAUAAGAGAACAGGCAAAAGUCAAGUAGUCUCUACAGCAUCUAUCACCCCAGAAAUUAUCCAAGGAAGGGGUUUAAAAGUGUACGAUGAUGGGCGCAAGUCUGUUUAUGCACUGCACCCAGAUGGAAGCAAAAUGGACAGUGGAGAAGUUGGAGAGAUGACGACCACAGAGGUAGAAGAGCUGCUACGUCAGGCUACAGAUAAGAACAUCCCCACAGAGGUGCAGUACCAUCAGCCUGUCUACUCUGUACCCUACAUAGGCAGCAGCAGGCCUUCAACACCUAGGACACCAAAUAAAACACAGGGGCAAACCCCAACACCCAGCCAUAGCCCCUUCCAGAGUGCCAUCUCAUCCAGAAAUGGCACUCAAGUCCUCACAGAGGAAAACCAGAAUAAAAAUGACCUAGAGGGAUGGAAAACCCAGAGCAAGACCCCAAGCCCUAGCCUCAUCCAACAAGACUUCAUGACAAGAUUCCAAAAAUCUGGAGAAGAAACCAAGCUGCCCUUCAUCCACAUUCCAGAACAAUCAAAGAGUAACAAGCAUGUAAUUCCACAACCUGACAUUGGUGCUAAAACUCCACGAGGACUCACCAACUACACAACAGGUACAAGCAGUCUAAACACAGCAGCUCUGGUCUCAAUUAAAGCCAGGUCUGAAGAAAUGCCAGCACCCAUUCAACCGGUCUACAGGGCUGUAGACAGCCAUAGUCCUUCACUGGCCAGCCUCAAGUCUGAAGGGGAUCCUGAUACCUUGAUAGAGAGCUCAAGUGAUUUUAACAGACCCUCACCCUUCUGUGCAGACAGUACCUCUUCUCUGAACCUGGUAGAUGAGCUAGAAUCAGCACCUGUCACAAUGAUUUUCAUGGGCUAUGAGAAUGCUGAGGAUGAGGAGGAAGACAUCCAGGCUGAACUGAUCAUCAUCGCUAAUAGUGAUGAUGAUGAGGCCAGGGAUGUUAAAAAUGAAAAUGAUGGUGAGGAGCGUCUUUCAUACCACCCAGAGGGAUACAAGAGUAAAGUCUUCCAACCCAAAGUGGGCAUAGCGAAGGUUACAGGCUGCAGAGACAUUAUUGAAGAUACCUACACACACUUGGAUGAUUUGGAGCUCCAUAAGCCAACAUUUAUCCAUAGGCCUGGAAAGCAUAGUCCCUACCUGCAGGGACAAGUGAUAGAUGUGUCAGCAAACACAGGCAGCAUCAAUAUGGAGGAGAUGAAGCUCUGCUCAACGGGAAGAUGAGAGAGGCUGCUUGGAAACGGCAUCACUGAAGAAAUAAUAAUAGAAUUGCUCUCUUUCUUUCUUUUUUUCAUGUCUCAGCUGCACACUGGACAGCCACAUAUAUUGUGUCAGUCAGUCCUUGUGCCUGAGGGAUUCAGUAAGCUUUAUUGCCACCUCCUGGCAAAUUAGUUUAAUUACACACUACAUAGUCAUAUUAAUGUCAGCACAGCCUGAUCAGUACAGUUGCAUUGCAUUUCUUCCCCUUUUCCUUUUACAAGCAAAUACUAGUUACAUUUCUGAUCAUUAGUGACUGACUCGCUUUCUACUAAGUCCAAAACUGUAAAUGUCAUAUAUUUACAUAAUAUAAUGCAUUGGUACUUACUAAUACAUUAAAGGUAUAGUUCACCCAAAAAUGAAAAUUCACUCAAUAUCUGCUCACCACUAUAACGAUGGAGGGGUGGGUGAAG